AGUGGGUACGGGAGAAGGAAGUGUAACAACAGAAAUACUGGUAAUGUAAACAAACGUGAACGGGUAGACGAGCACUGUAAUAUAUAAACCGUCAAGUCCGUGGGAAUCAGUUCAAAAGAUAGAUAGAAGGUGGUAGAUGAGACAAAGCUACGUCAACGUGAUUUGGAUUAUCUGGCGAAAGUGACGUAACAUACAGGUUCAAAAGAUGAUCAUCAGGAACUAAAACCUUACGUGAGAUAAAAUAUGAGAUUCUAAGCUGUUGUCAGUUGCUGUGUCAUGGAACCAUGCAGGACAUAUCAGAUUCUGAGAUCACUUUUAACAGAAGAAACUGAAAUAUUCGCUACGACUUUCAGAAGGAGUGACCACCUCAUCUUAAAGUUUUCCAGCAGUACAACAUUAACAUCGGAUGUAACAAAAAAUGAUCAAUUUUGUAGAAGACUUUUGUAUUAUAAACUUGGAAACACAAGGGUUCAAGCAUGGGAUCUAGCUUUGUUUAUUCCAAAUGUUCUGUUUCUGGUUUUUCUGGUAUUAAGAAUUAAUCAAGCAAGACGAAGAUUUAAAGAAAGUAAUAUUCCUGUGUUAUACACUGUUUACCAUUUGGUUUUUCUCAGUGUCUGUAUUAACAUUGUACGAUGCAUGGUAUCCAUGAUAAUUGACUCUACAUCACAUGCUUGGAAUCUUGCUGACGAGCUCCUGUGGCUUUUGCUACGACUAUGUUUACUUGGAACUGAAAUGAGCGUCCUUGUUUUUACUCUAACUUUUGGUCAGCUGGACCAAAAAAGAAGCAUAAGAUGGGUUCUUGGUAUUGCCUCUUCUAUUUCAGUAGUAUAUUCUGUCACACAGACUACCUUGGAAUUAAUGAAACCGGAAGAGCUUUUCUACAUUCCAGAUGAAAACUAUAAGCUUUUCAGUCAUGGUGGAUUAGUGUUUUGGUUUGUUAGUUCUGUUUUAUUUUUCUUGGUUUACACGGUGAUACUUAUUCUGAAGUGGACACCUGUGGGACGCAAACUGCCUUUACCCGCGAAACAACACUUUUAUUGGUACACACUCUUCCUUUCUUUGAUGAAUUUUUUUCAAGCUGUUGGUUGUGGAUUGUUUUACAAUAAACUCUACAAUGGAUUAUGUGUGCUGAAUGGAACAACCUACGUGUAUUUCACCUGUUUCAUACCUUUCAUUUAUCAGGCAUUUUUAGGUAGAUUCUUCAGCUCCUUAGAACCCAGCAUCAUAUUCUCCUACAAGUCAGACAUGGAGGAACUUGUGGACGAGAAUCAAGUUUCUUUUUCAUGUCUUUCAACUAGAAAAAAUACAUACUUCAAUACAGAGAAUAACCAUUUAUAUGACAGUGCUUUUACUGAUAUUGGAAAUUUGAACCCCCUCUAUCUACAGUCUAUUCAUUCAUCUGGUUAUUCUUUUUGAUUAGCUGUGUCUUAGUAAGUGAUUAGUACAUUCCAUCCAACAUAUGGUAACGUUUCAGGAUCAGCUGUGUCUCUAGAUCAAAAAUAGUCAACACAUGUGGUCAUUUGGUAUUUGACUCUCAAUAAGGUUUUAUAGUUUUAAUUACUUUAAUUCAGUAUAUUAGCUGUUGUGGUGAUACAUUUGUCUUGAUACCAUAAGCUGGUCAUUCAGAGAAACAAAAUACUCAUUUUUUCUAAGUUGUGAUGUGAUUUAAGUAAAAUAUUUUCAUAUUAUUAUUAUUAUUAUUAGCAAUAGUAGAAACAAGGCCCAAAGUAGAUGUGAUAAAAAGUAAAACUAUUAUCAUCACAGAGAUGUAAACAGUAAUGCAUGGUAUCAUUUAGUGGUAGUAAAUAUGAGUUAUAAUUAACUUUUAUCAAUGUCAGAAUGUUUACAAAAUGUUCUUAUAAUUUGUAUUUUUUAAUAUUCAGUGAAAUAAAGAAAAAAAAUAUAAGAAUUCUCAGUAUUUGUGGUAGCUAUUCAUAAUUUAACCACAAAGUUAUUUACUAAACAGAAUAUUAGCACUAUAAAAUAAUGGAUUUAAUUUUUAUAUCUUUCAGUAGCUGGUCAUAAUUUUAAAAUUGUAUGUUUUUAAAAAAAUGGUUUAUUGUUUUCUUAAAGUUAUGAUAAAAUACCUGAAAAAUUAGUAAGUUGUGAAAUUUCUUUUAUGUAAGGCACCCUAAAAUUCUCUUAGUGUACGAUUAUUUAAUAUUGAUAAUGUUGUCUAGUUUUAAUAAACUUAAUUAUGUGAUGAAAGUAAUGAUAGGUUUAGAAUUUGUUUUAAUACUUACACAUGAUUAAAAAAAUUGAAUGAUUCAUCAGAGUGGUGACUAUACAUGAAAAUCAGUUUGAUUAGAGCCACAAUUUCACCAAAGACUAUGAGUUAGGCUUAAUAACUUCUACCGAGAAGAACACAAGCUAGACUACGAGUUGAAAUUUAAAAUGCCUUUCCAAAAAAUGAAUGAACUCUGUAUUUCUACUCAAAAGUUUGUAUUAAAUUUUGUAUAUCUAGUCCCAGACCUUUACUUCAUCUGAGUAAUCCCCUUUAUGAUGAUAUAUAUCAACAAAACUUGUUCCUAUGUUAAUUCUGUAUAUCAGUUUGUGUGUUACUGUGUAUAUAUAUGUGUGUGUACGAAAACUUGAUAAACAGAUUGAGCUUCUGAAGUGAA